AUGAAGACCGUCUUGAAGACGACAACUCGCUUCAAGACCAUCAUAGUACAAGGGAGAUACCAUACCAUGAUGAGAAGAUUCCUCCUGGCUCUGCUUGUCUGCACGGCAGAGGCGCACAUCGUCUUCAAGCAUGCGCCGCUCUCCUGCGACCCCAUUCUCCCAGCGUUCCAAGGAUGUCUGCGAGGCCAGCGGUGCUCUCGAUAUGGACAAUGCGAGAGCAGUCAUCGUCCAGAGGAUGAGAUACAGCCUCCUCAGUCUAUGCCAAGCGGGAGAGUCAUGGUAGAGGGUACUCUACUGCCAGACGGUACAAUUGUCUGGUUGAACGGAUGCAACCGUGGUGCGCAAGGGUUUGGCAUCGCAAAGGACCCAGUAUACGAUCCCUGGAUAUACAACCCGCACGCUUCCCACGUUGAGCGCUGGGCUGUUGGUGGAUCGAGUAGUAUUGCUCGCAUGUACCACUCAGUCGCUCUCCUCCUGCUGGAUGGAACAGUAAUGGUGGCAGGCUCAAAUCCGGUGGAGCAGCCGGUCCUUGUUCCGAACCUAAAGGAUCCUAAAACCGCAUACGUGACUGAGUUCCGAGUUGAGAUCUAUACCCCUCACUACCUCAGCGGCAAUAAAGCGACCCAGCGGCCUUUUGACGUAAUCCUCUCUUCCAGGCACCUGGUGUCGAACGGUGGAAUCUUUACGAUCAAAUUCAGCGUUCACAAGGAGGCCAUCGAUCUCCACAUCGUUCUCUACCAAGGUGGUUUCGUCACGCACUCGUUGCACAUGGGCCAUCGAAUGCUUUACCUAGACUACAAAGGCUGGAAGGCGGGUGAAAUUGAUCAAGUUAUUGAUGUUACCAUGCCUCCAGACUCUAACGUUGCGCCUCCUGGGGCUUACGUAGUUUACGUUGUCGUGGACGGGGUACCAAGUAUGGGGCAGUUUGUCAUGGUAGGAAACCCUGUCCAGAGCGAUAAAGGGAAGCAUGGAGACAAGGUCAGUGCAACGGAAGCAGAUGCCCAGGAGGAGCAGAAGAGCAAGCAGAGCGAGAAGGAUAAGGUGGGUAAAAACAUUGUUGGGCCAAAGGACGACCAGAAAAUCGGGAACGGGCCGAAGGACGACAAAGGAAAGGGGGAGAAGGCCGACGAAAUUGGUGAUAAAAAAGCUACAGGUGAUAAAGAGAGCCAAGACAAGGACAAGCAGGGUGAUGACGGCAAGGAAGAUGGAGAAAAGGACGAACAGGAGAGUAAAGGUGAACCAAAAUAA